AUGAUGUAUAUCAGCGUUUACCCAAUCGCCAUGAGUGUACGCUCUACCAACGUUUACGAGGAACAAUCGCUUGGCGUCUAUCCUGGUAGUCACCCUGAUGAUGAGGAAAGUUUUGACCAUGCUGCAGACACUAGCAGAGUCACAAUGUGGAGUCGUUAUCUGACGAUGCAUGCUCGGAGACAGCUUGCCUUUGAUAUGUGGUGGCUUUGCCUGGCGCUUUUCCUUAUCUGUAUCAUUGAGCGCCACGAGCUUGUAAACCCCGACUAUGCCAGCUGGUUCAAUAUAUUUAAUAUUAUCUUCGAGGUGGUUUCGGCUUAUGGUACUGUCGGCUUGACUUUGGGUAUCCCCACAGCAAAUUACUCUUUCUGCGGUUCGUUCCGUCCGCUCUCGAAACUCAUUGUCUGUCUUGUCAUGCUUCGUGGUCGCCACCGUGGCCUACCUGUCGCUAUCGAUAGAGCGGUCAUGCUCCCCCAAGAGUUCGAGAAACACGACGAAGUCUUGAGCGAUGACGCUGCCAGCCAGUUCUACGCUCGAAGUACCUCCAGAUAUCAUCAUCUCUCGGGGGGUUAUAUGAGACGGGAACCCAGCAUCGUUGAAGAGUACCGAGACGAUGCACGAUCGGAAGAAUAG